GCUUAACAUUUGUUUCGAUGUGCUAUAAAUAGGCGACCAUUAUCGUAGCAAAUCAACCAGCCACAAUUGAGGUCCUAUCCUCUUGCGUCAAGAGAGAUUCCACCAGAGCAACAAUGGUUACUAGCAUUCGCUUCAUAGUUGGAAUUAUAGGAUCUGUAGUCUGUGUGCUCCUCUAUGCGGUUCCAGUGCUGACGUUUAAGAGAGUGGUAAAAGAGGCCAGUGUUGGAGAAUUCUCAUGCCUCCCAUAUAUCCUAGCUCUUUUCAGUGCCUUCACUUGGGGCUGGUACGGCUUUCCAAUUGUGAGUGAUGGGUGGGAGAACCUGUCACUCUUUGGUACCUGCGCUGUUGGAGUACUCUUUGAGACUUCAUUCAUCAUUGUAUACAUAUGGUUUGCACCAAGAGACAAAAAGAAGUUUGUCGUGUUAAUGGCAUCUCUGGUUGUGGCAAUGCUCUGCGUGAUUGUAUCUUUGUCAAGCUUCAUAUUCCACACACACCAUACGCGCAAGCUAUUUGUUGGUAGCAUUGGUAUAGUGACUUCCAUGUCGAUGUACAGCGCUCCUCUUGUAGCUGUGAAACAAGUUAUCAGCACAAAGAGUGUGGAGUUCAUGCCUUUCUACCUGUCAUUGUUUUCCUUAUUAACCAGUUUUACUUGGAUGCUGUAUGGAAUCCUAGGAAGGGAUCUCUACCUUACGGUACCAAAUGGCGCCGGGUGUAUAACUGGAAUUCUUCAGUUAAUUGUGUACUGCAUUUACAGGAGAUGCAAUAAACCACCGAAAGCAGUCAAUGAUAUUGAGAUGGUAAAUGACUUGGACGUUGCAACUAGUCGUGAAGAUACAAAUGGCUGUAAGCCUUAGCUUGAAGGUCUGCUUUUCUUAAGAUCGAAACUGCCUCCAAUGCCAGCGGAUACAGUCGUGCUAUUUGGACAUGCAGCUACCUAUUUCUGAACUUCUUCAAUGUAAUUUCAUUUUGCGAAUCUUCGCAGAGCAAGUGCUGUGUUUGUAAAAACUAGUUUCAAUUCCUCGAACAAAUUAAGGGACAUACAUAGCACCUGCAAUCAUUACUCUCUCAUUCUGUCCAAUUCCAAUUUCUAAACGGAAAGGAUGUUUCAUUCA